AUGGAAGAAUUGAUAACAACUAUUGGUGUUGGAACAUUUAGUCGAGUUAUAUUAGCUCGUCGAUGUUCUGAAAAUUAUGAAGAGUUUUUCGUAGUGAAAACGAUGGCCAUACGAGAUAUCGUAGAAAAGAAACAAGUGAAUCAUGUGAAUGAUGAACGAAGAAUUCUUGCGGCUGUUCAACAUCCGUUCAUAGUUCGUUUUUAUGAAUCGUAUCGAGAUACGCGUUAUUUGUAUUUAUCAAUGGAAUUUUUGUCUGGCGGUGAGCUCUUCUCUUACUUUCGUCAAGCGGGUCGUCUAAGGAAGACGGCUGUAAGAUUUUAUGCUUGUGAAAUUAUCCUUGCCUUGGAAUAUUUGCAUAACCUUCUCAUCGUCUAUAGAGAUUUGAAGUUGGAGAAUUUAGUACUUGAUGCUCAUGGACAUGUCAAAUUGACUGAUUUUGGCUUUUCAAAAUACGUCCCAGACAGAACGUAUACAUUAUGCGGUACACCUGAAUAUCUCGCUCCGGAAAUGAUUCUCUCGAGUCAUGGCCAUUCAUUUGGCGUUGAUUGGUAUGCCUUAGGAAUUGUAAUCUAUGAAUUAUUAGUGGGACAUACACCAUUCGCCGCAAUCGACCAGCAAAAUCAUCCAUCUAGUAUAUUUCUGAGAAUUCUAAAUGCUCAGAUCCCGUGGCCGUACGCACCUCCGUGCCACUCCGAAAUUAUUGAUCGUACAGGACGAAAUUUAAUACGGAAACUUCUUGAACGUGAUCGAACACGUCGUAUGGGAUGUAUGGCUGGAGGAGCUAGUGAUAUAAAACGACAUCGAUGGUUUAAACAAGUCCCAUGGACAGAUGCUCUUGAAGGAAGAAUACGACCUCCGAUCGUACCGAGAGUUGAUUAUCCAGGUGAUACACAAAAUUUUGAGUCGUUUACACACGAACGCUUUCACGCACCACAAUGUACAAACGAAGAAUACAAUUUAUUUGAUAAAUUUUAG